GCUCAGUUGGACCAAGUUUGCUGUAUACGGUUAAGGAUCUAUACACACAUCUACACUAAAGUUAUGAAAGGACAUCCGAUUAAAAGCAUGGUCCAAAUCUCAAAGGUAAUAAUGUUUGAGUGUCUAGUCUAUGUGUGCUGUCAAGACUGUGAACGUCCAUACAAUGAAGCACAUUUCAAGCAGGCUGAUUCAAGUUACAAUUUCUCGGACGUCCUUCUUGUACAACACACAUCGAAACCUCUCCAUUGCGUCAACAUGUGCCUUCUACACACCCGAUGUGUCGGGGCGAGGUUUGUCUCCAGUAGUGGCCAGUGUAACCUGUACGCAGCCUACCAGACACAGACCACCACGGGGAUGAGGGCAAGUGGAGACAAAUACUACAUAAUGGAAGGAGAAUGCGGCCCGCCAAAUACCUAUCAAUCCUUUAUCUACUGGAGAGCAUGCCUGCUUGCCAGUACCACUGUGUGCAGCAGUACCAAAGCUUUCCUAGGUAUCAAUACCACUGUCUGGUGCAUUCCCGGACCCCCUACAUGGACCCCAGCGCCUGGAAAGUGUAUUAACACAAAUCCGAUACGCAUGAAAGGAACAUAUUUACAUCCCUUGGAUUCUGGAGUGUCGUUUGUUGGAACGCCAAAUGAAAACAUGUUUCGCGUUUAUUUCAUCACUGCAAGUGACGACUACCUACUGAGGCUCACUGUAAUAAUCGACCAGCAGAGUGUCCUGAGAAGCUUUCGUGAAAACUCAGUCUAUCAGGGACUUGAAACUAACUUGGUUUCCCCUUUCCCGUUUGAAAUGACGAAGAAGUUUACGAUGGACAUAAUUUCAACUGCUACAGAAUACCUGUGCAAGGUCAAUGGUGCGACCUUGUUUAUCUAUCAACAUCGUCUCCCGAGAGAUAGCGUGGAUGAUAUCAAAGUAUUUAACGUCAACAUUGAAAAGGUUUUGUUGAUUUGAAAUAUAGAUAUUUGAUUUGUGUACUUCAGUGUAUAAGUUCAAAGACUUAUUAGAUAUAGACAUUUCAUUUCUUGUGAGGAUUUGGAUAGUAUUCCUCAUUGACAACAUCUUUGUGAAAUUGUAGACAAGAAGUAGGCAUCUCCAUUGGCACAAAUUGUACCCCUCUUAGCGGAUCUUUUUGCUUAUAUAUAUGAAUCGGGAUUUCUGUUCGGGUUGGCAAAAUCCAAACAAGGAAAUUUGGCCCAAACAAGGAAAUUUGAUGCCCAUCGUUCAGUUACCAUCAAGCAGCUAGCUUCCUUCCACUGAUUUACACAAUUGAACUCAUGACUAUCUGCUGAAAACGGAUGGUGAUGGACCUCCUAUGUGUAUCUCUCGUGAU